CCUCGUUCCGGAGCUGCACCGCUUAGUAAUUUUUUUUCCUUUUCAAUUUCUUCACAACCUGGGCCGGCGAUAAUCUUUAUCGUGCCUUGCCGAAAACAAUUGUGUGCGCACAGGAUCCAGUAACAGUAACCGGACGAGGAGGGCGCACAGCACAUCAUCGCCCAUCGCCCCGCUCGUAGGUUGCUUUGAUAGCCCCGGCAAUUGAUCGACCCCCGAAGAAUGGAAAAGGAAUUUCCCGCACUGAAGAAUGACAAUCUGCUUCGGGCGGCCCGUGGCGAGGCGGUCGAUCGCGUGCCGGUGUGGGUAAUGCGGCAGGCCGGUCGCUAUCUGCCCGAGUUCCAGGAGGUACGGGCUAAGCAUGAUUUUUUCACCGUCUGCCGCACACCAGAACUGGCCUGUGAGGUGACGAUGCAGCCGCUCCGUCGGUUCGAUCUCGAUGCGUCGAUCAUCUUCUCCGACAUCCUCGUGAUACCGCAGGCGCUCGGCAUCGUGGUGGAGAUGAAGCCGGGAGUCGGUCCGGUGCUGCCCGAGCCCCUCGUCGGCCCGGCCGAUCUCGAGCGGCUCAACCAGACGGGUGCGAUUGAUCGGCUAAAGUACGUGGGCGAUGCGAUUACCAUGAUGCGUCACAUGCUGGACGGCAAGGUGCCACUGUUCGGCUUUACCGGUGCACCGUGGACCCUGAUGGGCUACAUGAUCGAGGGAGGCGGAAGUAAAACCAUGUCAAAGGCCAAAGCGUGGCUUACCGAUCACCCGGAGGCCAGCCAGAAGCUGCUCGACAUUCUCACCGACCAGGUGGUGGACUAUUUGGUCAUGCAGAUCAAAGCUGGAGCACAAAUGGUGCAAGUAUUCGAAUCGAGCGCAGAACACUUGAGCAAGGAACAGUUCCUGUCCGUGUCACUGCCCUGUCUACGGCGGAUUCGAAGCGAUUUGCUCCGCAAACUGGGCGAAGCAAAUGUGCCGGCCGUUCCGAUGGUGCUGUUUGCCAAAGGUGCCAUGCAUUCACUACCGGAGCAAGCGCAAACCGGUUACGAGGUGAUCGGUCUGGAUUGGACCAUCGACCCGGAAGAGGCACGUGGGCUGGUGGGUCCGAACGUUACCCUGCAAGGGAACCUUGACCCUCAGGACAUGUACAAACCACAGGACGAGCUGCGCGAGCUCGUGCUUACCAUGGUACGAAAGUUUGGAAAACGACGGUACAUCGCCAACCUUGGCCACGGCAUUACUCCGGCAACCCCAGUCGAAAGCAUGACCACGCUCGUGCAGGCAGUGCACGAUGCACUGUGAGGCCACUAGAUCAUCUGAACACUCUGACCAGAAGAGGAACACGUUCCAACCGGUUUGUCCGGCACAAAAUUCGAUGCAGAUAAUUCAAUCAGUAAAACGGAUCGGUAAUUGUUGCAUUUACACGAAAGAAGCAUCUUGAAUAAACAGUAAAGAUCGCAAUCACAAGUGCCUCGAGAUUAUUUGUUUUGCGUAAGAUUAAUUUACUCCGAACCUGCGACCGGAACGAUUUCGGCUUCCAUCGGCAUUCCACUGUUCACCACCGAACAACACUACUUCGAAACGUACACAGUGCCGAUUGAUGUUAACCGAGGGAUUCGGCUGUUGGCAAUCCCUUUCUUCACCUCUUUAUUUGACCGUCGCACAGUAUGGACGCACAAAGUAAAACGCUCGACCACACAGAGCCUCACAGUAUUUACAAAGCUCCGUCCGAUCAAAGCUUAAUCUUCCGUCGAUUCAACGUUCUCGGUCUGCAGUUCCUUGAACGUGGGCACCGCGACGUACGUGACCAGCGUGUACAGCUUGUUGGGCGAGUCCUCAUCAUCGUUACGCCGGCGAGAAAGGCGCACACGUAUGCGGAACGGCG